AUGUCUGGGCCAUGUGGUUCCGGAGAAUUUGCCGCUGAUCAUAAUGUUGAGGUGUGGAAGAUCAAACGUUUGAUCAAGAGUUUGGAAAUGGCGCGGGGGAAUGGUACAUCAAUGAUUUCGUUAAUAAUUCCUCCUCGAGACCAGAUUGCACGUAUUUCGAAAAUGUUAGCCGAUGAAUAUGGCACGGCAUCUAAUAUUAAAUCUCGAGUGAAUCGGUUAUCUGUACUAGGUGCAAUUACAUCAGUGCAGGGAAGGCUAAAAUUGUACAACAAAGUACCGAAUAAUGGUCUCGUAAUUUAUUGUGGUACGAUUGUAACUGAUGAAGGUAAAGAGAAAAAGGUCAAUAUCGAUUUCGAACCAUUCAAACCAAUUAAUACAUCGCUUUAUCUUUGUGAUAACAAAUUUCAUACAGAAGCAUUACAAGCUCUUUUGGCUGAUGAUAACAAGUUUGGGUUCAUUAUAAUGGAUGGUAAUGGUUCUUUGUUCGGAACGUUGCAAGGUAACACUCGUGAAGUUCUCCACAAAUUCACUGUUGAUUUGCCAAAGAAGCACGGUCGAGGUGGGCAGUCAGCAUUACGUUUCGCACGUCUUCGUAUGGAAAAACGUCAUAAUUACGUGAGAAAAGUAGCAGAAACAGCAGUCGAGAUAUUUAUUCGAAAUGAUAAAGUAAAUGUAGCUGGGUUGAUUUUAGCUGGUAGCGCUGAUUUUAAAACAGAGCUGGGACAGUCUGAUAUGUUUGACCAACGACUACAAGCAAAAAUUAUAAGGACAGUUGAUAUUUCAUACGGUGGCGAAAAUGGCUUCAAUCAAGCAAUUGAAUUAGCUGAAGACGCGCUAGCUAAUGUGAAGUUUAUUCAAGAGAAGAAAUUGAUCAAUGGAUAUUUUGAUGAAAUAUCGCAGGAUUCCGGAAAAUAUGUUUAUGGUGUGACAGAUACUUUGCAAGCAUUGGAGAUGGGCUCUGUUGAGACACUUAUUUGUUGGGAAAAUUUGGAUAUUAUACGAUAUCAACUCAAAAAUCCAGUGACUGGAGAUGACAAAUUGCUCUAUUUGGAGCCAGCUCAAGAAAAAAAUAAGAGACACUUCACCGAGAAUUCUACUGGGGUCGAGCUCGAACUUAUGGAUUCGAUGCCUCUAUUAGAGUGGUUGGCAAAUAACUACAAGUCAUUUGGUGCUGCUUUAGAAAUUGUCACAGAUCGAUCACAGGAAGGAGCACAGUUUGUGAGGGGUUUUGGUGGUAUUGGAGGUCUUCUGCGCUAUCGUGUUGAUUUCCAACUAAAUGAUUUGAAUUACGGUGUUGAAGAUAUUAAUCUUGACGAUUAUUGA